GUUGGGGCGACCGUCGUGAUGAAAUUCGGUAGGUCAUCAAUGCCGUCGGCGGAGCGGAUCAAGGAGAUGGCCAAGCUCGUCCUCAACUUUCCCGCCAAGGGCGGUCAGAUUCUGGCAGUCGUUCUGUCCGAAAUGGGGAACACUACCGACAACAUUCUAGUGGCCGUCUGUAAGGCGCUGAGGUGCGAGGACCAACAGCAAAAGGCAAGUGAAAUCCACGAGUUCGCAAUCUUAAAGGAGCUCUACCUCAGGACGAUUGACGAGCUUGGAUUAGACAGGUCAACUGUUUCAGGUCCAUUGGAUACGUUGGAACACCAUCUUCAACACGUUGUUAUAACCAAAGAGUUGAGUCCUACCACACGAGAUUACCUUGUUGCCUUUGGUAACCGCACGUCUACAGAAAUGUUUUAUGGUUAUUUAAAUAAACUUGGGAAGGCGCCAUCACAGGAAUGGGAAUUGCGUGAUGUCACUACUUAUGGAAGGGACAAUAGUGACUUGACGACGACUACCAUUAGCAGAGCCUUGGGAGCAAGAGAAAUACAGGUUUGGAAAGAUGUAGAUGGUAUGUUCACAUGUGACCCCAAGGUUUGUGCAAAUGCGAAGCCACUACCCUACUUGACUUUUGACGAGGCAGCCGAACUUGAUUACUUUGAUGAGCAGGUAUUGUACCCUCAUUUAAUUGAACAAGCUAUGGAAUGCGACAUGUCAAUUAUGGUUAAGAACUCGUACAACCCUCAAGCACCUGGUACGGUAAUUACUAAAACAAGAGACGUCAACAAGUGUACAUUAACCAACAUUGUGUUGAAAUCAAAUAUUACCAUGCUGGACAUAAAGAGCAAAAGGAUGCUAGGCCAGUCCGAUUUUGCCUCCUCAAUUGUCCAGUGUUUUGGGUAUUUGGGCAUCUCUGUCGAUUGUGUUGCUAGUAGCAAGGGCAAGAUGUCAUUUACACUAGUUCCAUCAAAACUACUGAGUCGGGAAUUAAUCCAACUGGAGGUUGAUAAUGUAGUUGAAGAGCUUCAAAAAAUUGCAGUUGUCCAUCAACUACAUGAUAGAUCAGUCAUCUCGCUAAUAGGGAACACACAGAUGUCGACAUUCAUUCUUGAACGGGCGCUCAAUGUUUUGUCAAACAUUAAUGUCGCGAUCGAGAAGAUCUCCCAAGAGUCAUCCAUGGUCAAGGUUUCGUUGGUGGUCCAUGACAGUGUGGCAGAACACUGUGUGCAAGUCCUCCAUGCAGCAUUCUUUGAGUUUGAGAAUGGCGUCAUGUCACCCGUGGCAGCCGAGGCUCCACCUGGCCCUGGUCAGGAAAGGAUGAACCCUAGUGUUCUCGGGGAAAAUGGUAUUGGAGGGAAUAGAGGACAGCUCCACACUCAAAGUGAAUUCAGCGAUUCAUUCAACCAGAUGCCUCAUGCCACCCGUCGGAGUCGACAACUACGGGAGGGAUUUGUACAACUGGUGGGGUUGGAACUCUAA